UAAAUACAAAUCAUAGAACGCUAACUAUCAUUUGACGCAAAGUUUCUUAGGAGUCAACAAUGCGGAUUAUUCUUCUAGCAUUGGCCCUAUGCCUGGCUGUGGCGACAGGUGCUCCUAGAAAUCCUCAAAGGAUUGUUGGUGGAUCAGAAACGACUAUAUCAGAGUAUCCAUAUGGGGCUGGUAUGCUAUUUUCGUCAGUCGCUACAACCUACUGGCAAGCUUGCGGUGGAACCAUCCUGAAUAACAGAGCUGUACUCUCUGCUGCUCAUUGUUUUAUUUACACCUCGCCAAUUAAUUGGCGCAUACGUGUUGGAUCUUCUUACCGCAACAGCGGAGGUGCCGUUCAUAACACCAAUCAAAUAAUCUUGCAUCCCGAAUACAAUGACUUCACCUACGUCAAUGAUAUUGCUAUACUCCGAGCUUCUUCUAAUUUUGUGUUCAACAACAAUGUGCGUGCUGGAAGUAUUGCGGGUCCUAAUUAUAAUCUUCUUGACAACCAAGUUGUUUGGGCUAUCGGAUGGGGUGCUAUUUCUUACAGAGGACCACGUUCCGAACAAUUGCGUCACGUUCAAAUUUGGACUGUAAACCAGGCUACAUGUAGGCAACGAUAUGCUGAUAGACGUGAGGUCACUAACAACAUGUUGUGCUCUGGAUGGCUCGAUGUUGGUGGUCGCGACCAGUGCCAAGGCGACUCUGGUGGUCCUCUCAUCCAUAACAACGUUGUCGUCGGUGUAUGCUCCUGGGGAUACGAAUGUGCCCGCGCUGAACAUCCCGGUGUUAAUACUCGUGUUUCAAGCUAUACUUCUUGGAUCCAAUCAAAUGCCUAAAAUUUCUGUAUUUAAAAAAAAAAAACUUUUUGAAAUAUAAAAACAUCAUUUGAA